AGGCAGCGUGGCAGUCUCCGACGCGAUGAUUGGCCGGGACAAAUCACGUGAUCCCUACAAGGACUUUGUGCCUGGGCUCAUCCCGCGGUUCUAUUUUACUCUCCACUGGCAGAACACCAACACAGAAUGGCCGAGGGGAUUCCAAAGGAGGUAUUGAUGAACACCACCCUCGUCAAUAAAUUGGCAGAAGUGGCCAAAGAUGCAGCUCUCCUUCAUGGUGUCCUGAUGAGGGCCAACGAGUCCCCCAAUUCAUCAGAGCUGGUGACGUACGCUCCCCUCACACUCUUCCCCACGCCUGUGCCCAAAGCCAUCUUCCUGCAAGCUAAGGCGGUACAAACUCUUUACAACACGCUGGUGGAUAAGAUCAGCCAGGAUCCUGACUUCCUGCAAGACAGUCUAGCGAGUACCAUUGCUGUCGAUGAUUUCACUGCGAGGCUGUUCAAAAUCCACCAGCAGAUCCUUCAGGAAGGAAGAUCGCAGUCCAUUGUCUUGGGUCUGAAUCGAUCCGACUACAUGUUGGACCAGAGGGAGGACGGUUCCACGUCUCUGAAGCAGAUCGAGAUCAACACAAUCUCGGCUAGUUUUGGAGGCCUGGCCUCACAUUCGCAUGAUGUGCAUCGACACAUCCUGAAGGUGGCAGGACGACUGGGGGAGAGCCAACGCAUCUUAGACAACAACCCUGCGGUGGGUCUGGCUCUUGGUAUCGCUAAGGCCUGGGAGCUUUAUGGAUCAGAUCGAGCAGUUGUCAUGUUCUUGGUGGAGACCAAGCAGCAGAACAUCUUCGAUCAAAGAUUUAUAGAGAACGAGUUGUGGAAAAGGAAUAUUCCAACUUGCAGAAGGCGUUUUGAAGAGGUUUCACAAUCUGGAAAACUUGACAAGGAUAAGAAACUGUUUGUUGAUGGUCAGGAGGUCGCACUGGUGUACUUCAGGAAUGGCUACAUGCCUCAACACUACACGUCUGAACAGACAUGGGAGGCUCGCUUGAUGAUUGAGCGCUCCUUGGCGGUGAAGUGUCCAGACAUCGCCACACACCUUGCUGGGACAAAGAAGGUCCAGCAGGUGCUCGCCAAAUCUGGAGUUCUGGAACGGUUCUUUCCUGAUCAGCCGCAAACUGUGGAGCAACUCAGGGCUACCUUUGCUGGCCUUUAUAAUCUUGACAUGGGACCAGAGGGUGACAAAGCUGUGGAGAUGGCUCUGGCGACACCAGACCGGUUUGUCCUGAAACCCCAGCGAGAAGGAGGAGGGAACAACAUUUACGGAGAAGAGAUCUGCGAAGUUCUGCGCAGAGUGAAGGGCAGUUCUGAGAGGACAGCCUACAUUCUGAUGGACAAAAUCCAUCCUAAACCGAUGCAGAACUACCUGCUGAGAAGGAACACUCCCCUCACAAUCAGCAGCUGUCUCAGUGAACUGGGCUUCUACGGCGUCUAUGUCAGGCAGGGUAAGGACAUGGUGAUGAACGACUGUGUGGGACAUCUGCUGAGGACCAAGAGUUCAGAGCAUUCAGAUGGUGGCGUCAAUGCAGGUGUUGCCGUGUUGGACAACCCUCUGCUCUACUGAGAAGGUGCAUCUUCACCUGUGUGGACGUUCACGACAUCAUUCUUAUUACACUACCUCAUGCAAAGGGAGCAAUGUACGCAACAUUAACAUCAGACCAGUCAGUCCAAAAAGGCCGUUUUUUGGUGCAGAAAACUAUUUUAAAUGCAAAUUAUGAAUAUAUGUUCUCUCUCAAAUAAUAAUACUUAUAAUCAUUAGGGGUGUAACGGUAUUUGUAUUGAACCGUUUCGGUACAGGGGUGUACCGAACGAGUUUCUAAGCUAAAGUCUUAACCCCUGCUGUAAUGAGUUAAUAUCAUCCCAACAAACACCUUUUUGGGGUUAUCCAUGGUGCAGGGUUUACAUUGACUGCUGCUUCACACACGAUUCAGUUUGUGAAUUGGAGAGGUUAGUGGUUACGUGUGUCCUGUACAUUAUGUACACAGGCAAUAGACUGGAUUUUUCCCACCACUGUGUCCACCUUUCCGGCUCUCAUGGACCGCUCAGAUUUAUCAUGCCAGCGUCUGUUUUACACCAAGUAUGUGAGGGCAACACGCACUCACAGGUUUUAGCAAAGGUAUUCAUUAAUAAUGCAUUAAAGCAUGGGUGUCAAACUCUGGCCCGCCGUGUAAUUUAAUUUGGCCCUUGAGGCAAUAUCAAUUUAGCAUUAGAGCUGGCCCGCCGGUGUUAUACAGCUGUGGUGCCGCUGUAACACCACAUUCACCGCUAAUACUCAUACUUGCCAACCCUCCUCAUUUUCCCGGUAGACUCCCGAAGUUCAGUGCCUCUCCCGGGGCAACCAUUUUCCCGAAUUUCGACCGAUUUCCACCUGGACGACUAUAUUGGGGGCCUGCAUUUAAGGCACUGCCUUUAGCGUUCUCUACAACCUGUCGUCACGUCCGCUUUUCCUCCAUACUAACAGCGUGUCACAUAAUAUUUGGGGCUUUUACACACACACACAAGUGAAUACAACGCAUACUUGGUCAACAGCCAUACAGGUCACACUGAGGGUGGCCGUAUAAACAACUUUAACACUGUUACAAAUAUGCAACACACUGUGAACCCACACCAAACAAGAAUGACAAACACAUUUCGGGUGAACAUCCGCACCGUAACACAACAGAACAAAUACCCAGAACCCCUUGCAGCACUAACUCUUCCGGGAAACUGUUCAUUCAUUAUUUUAUUUUCAAAUUUAUUAUCAGCCUGUGGAAAAAAUUUGAUAUUUACCUCAGAAGAUUGCAAAUAGAAAAAAAGGCAUCAAAUUUUUAUUUAAAUUUUAUUUGAUAUGGCAUUGAUCAUUUUUUUCAUUAUCCAUCCAUCCAUUUCCUACCGCUUAUUCCCUUUCGGGGUCGCGGGGGGGCGCUGGCGCCUAUCUCAGCUACAAUCGGGCGGAAGGCGGGGUACACCCUGGACAAGUCGCCACCUCAUCGCAGGGCCAACACAGACAACAUUCACACACUAGGGCCCAUUUAGUGUUGCCAAUCAACCUAUCCCCAGGUGCAUGUCUUUGGAAGUGGGAGGAAGCCGGAGUACCAGGAGGGAACCCACGCAGUCACGGGGAGAACAUGCAAACUCCACACAGAAACAUCCCGAGCCUGGAUUUGAACCCAGGACUGCAGGAACUUCGUAUUGUGAGGCAGACGCACUAACCCCUCUGCCACCGUGAAGCCCCCAUUUUUUUUCAUUAUUAUUAUUAUUUGAAACUGGAUUUUGCAUGUCACUAAAGUUAUAUAAGCCUUGCUUGUUCAAUAUUUAAUGCAAAACUUGUUUGGGUCCCUAUUAAAAGUUUAAUUUGUUCAACCUUGGCCCACGGCUUUGUUUCGUUUAAAAUUUUGGCCCACUCUGUAUUUGAGUUUGACACCCUUGUUCUAUAAUAACUCCAACAUGGACGCAAAUUGUUUGUUGCUUCUCUUGGACUGCUUUUGUAUGUGUGCACACGCUCCCUGCACGUACCUGCUGAUAGAACCAGGUAAGUGAGUGUCGUAAACACCAAUCAUUUUAUUCCAGCCGGUUUUGAUUGAUUAAUUGAUUGAAACCUUUAUUAGUAGAUUGCACAGUACAGUACAUAUUCCGUACAAUUGACCACUAAAUGGUAACACCCACAUAAGUUUUUCAACAAGUUUAAGUCGGGGUCCACGUUAAUCAAUUCAUGGUAUAUAUUUUUUAUAUUGUAAAAAAUAAAGACAAUUGUCAGACAAAUGUGUUUUGUUGAACCACUAAUAUUAAAACUAGGUAGCCUGUG